UCACUAUGCCGCUUACAGCUGUGCCCCCACCCUUCCUUCUCGUCUUCCCUCCUCUGUAAUCCAAUCUUUUCACAUUCCCCGCUCCUCGCUCCCUCUCUCUCGUCCCCUCUGAGAAAUCAAAGACCGCCGCCGCGUGGAGAGACUAGCGGCGCAAUGGACGCCUACGAGGCCACCAAGGUGGUGUUCGCACGGGUCCAGGGGCUCGUCGACGCGGACCUCGCCUCCAAGAUCAUGGGCAUGCUGCUCACCCAGGACAAGAGCGAGAAGGAUAUGAUCCGCCUCGCCUUCGGCCCCGAGCACCUCCUCCAGUCCGUCGUCGCCGACCUCGCGGCCUGCAGCAAACCCCCCUCCCCACCCGCGCCAGCAUGGAGGAUGGCGCCGGGUGCGGCUGGAGGAGAUGUCGAAGGCGGCCUCCCGUUCGCCGCCGCAUCCGAAGCGUUCUACCCCGAGGAGGAGUACGGGUGCUGGUCUCCGGCGAGCGGCACUAACCACCGCCGGAGCUUCUCGCUGAGCGACGCCGAGGGCGGGUGGAAGCCGUGCCAGUACUUCGUCCGGGGGUUCUGCAAGAACGGCUCCGGCUGCCGCUUCCUGCACGGGCUGCCCGAGGACGUCGCCGAGCAGGAGAUGGCGGUCAUGCGCGCCAAGGCCCUCGCCGCCGCGCGGUCGCAGAUGAUGGCGCCCGCCUUCCCCUUCUCGCCGUCGCCGCCCAAAGGCCUCAGCUUCCUCCUACAACAGCAGCAGCAGCAGAGCGAGUCCCAAAGGGCGGCGGACAUGCUGUUCGCCGGAGGCGAUGACAUGCACAGGUUCUCCCACCGGUCGCCUCGCAUGGACCGCGGCGACCUCGCCAUCAACCACGGCGCGCGCCAGAUCUACCUCACUUUCCCCGCCGACUCCACCUUCACCGAAGAGGACGUGUCCAGCUACUUCAGCAUGUACGGGCCGGUACAGGACGUGCGCAUCCCGCACCAGCCGAAGCGCAUGUUCGGCUUCGUCUCCUUCGUCUACCCGGAGACGGUGCGGCUCGUCCUCGCCAAGGGCAACCCACACUUCGUCUGCGACGCGCGCGUCCUCGUCAAGCCUUACAAGGAGAAGGGCAAGGUCCCCGACAGGUUCAGACAUGGCGGCGGCGGCGGCCACUGCCUCUCUCCUCACCACCGCGAGUUCGCCUCCGUGGGCAGCGCGAUGCCGCCUGCCGGUCUGCUCGACUCCAGGGACCCCUUCGACCUCCAGCAGCCGCAAAUCGGGCAGAGAAUGCUGUACGGGAGCAUGGCCGGCCACGAGGCGGCGUUUCUGAGGAGGAGGCUGGAGGAGCAGCAGGAGGCGGCGGAGCUGCAGCAUGCCAUCGAGCUGCAAGGCCGCCGGCUCAUGGGGCUGCAGUUUCUUGACCUCAAGAACAGGGGCCACCACCUCCUCGGCUCCCCCGUGGGCUCACCUUCCGACGGCAAUGGCGGCUGCUUCAGUGGGAACGGCAAUGGCGUCCAUCUUGAUGAGGCCAUUAGCACCAUCCAAGAUAACAGCAAUCUGAGCAGUGGUCUUUUCAUGGGUCCAUAUGCUGCUGCUUCUGUGAUUUCUAAAGAAGGGAAGCAGGAGUAUCAGGAGGAGGGUGGUGAUGGCAAUGGCAGUCCCAGGCAGGCAGUCAACUCUGGGGAAGAGGGGAGGAGGGAAUCUGGUCCUGGGGCAGCAGCUGCAUCCAAUGUUGUUUGUGAAUACCAAGAAAGUGGCAUGGAGCACACCCACCACCUGCCUGGUAGCCCCUUUGCUUCUUCCCCCACCAAGGAGGCCUCCAUUGCUGCUGCUGCUGCUGCUGAGCAGCUGACAGCUCACACUGGUGCCAUGGGCAACAGUAGCAGCCCCCACCUGGUGGCCUCUUCUCUUUUCCCGCCUACAAAACCUCUCUACAGCUCCUGCUUCUCUCAAGUGCCUAGAUUGUCGUCUGGGCAGGGAGCAAUUGGGCUGUGAAUAGAGCAAAGAAGAGGGGUGUCAUCUGCUCCCUGCUGUGCCGGGAGGGCUCGUGUGAUGACUGACCCCAUCAAGUGGUGGUAGGAAAAAGAAAAGGAAAGCGUUAACAGAUUCUAGGAGGUGUAUCUUUGUUGAGUUGAAGAGAGGGACAGCGGCAGCAACUCAACAGCAACAACAGCAACAGAUUAAGAAAGGAAACAAGUCCUAGGUUGUCUUUAGCCCUAGGCAUUUUAGUAGUUAGUAGUAUAUGGUAGCAGCAUAAAUAGUACCAGUCAGUCGUUUUAAUUAUUACCUAGUUCCUGCAAGAGUCGAGUCGAGCCGAGCCGAGCAUAGCAAGGGGAAAGUGUGUGGAAAGUACUUUUUACUAGAAACCAUCAUGCAUAACUGCAUUGCUGCGUGUGUGUGCUCGGUCAGGUCAAGGUCAAUCCUCUGUUUGUGUGGAUCUCAUCUCAGUCUGAUGACAGAAGAACAAGUAUACCGUCACUGCUUGGCUAGUCUUUGACUCCUGGCAGCAGUGGCCACUUUGUGACUAAUGACUACCAUGGAUGUGUUGUGGA